AUGAUCCUAUGCAUGAUCCUCCCCAAGUGCGGUGGUAUGCGGUCUCCCCAGUCCCCAUUCCAGCACUGCCCGCGUAUCGAGAACGACGACGAUGAUGGGAAAGCUGCACCCGACUGGGAUGAAUCUGAAGAUGAGGAAGAUGUCAUAUUGAGAGACAAGGACGAAGACCCGAACGCACCGUUACGCCCACCACCCUCUUCCGACUCGUUACUUUUUGAUUCGUCCGACGAUGAGAUCGAGAUGGAGUCAGAGGAGCUGGAGGAGAUCCUCACCGAUGCACCAGCUUUCAGGAGGAUAAAGAAGGACAGAUUCGUGCCUGUGGUUGAGGAGGUGGUUGAGGAUGGAGGCGAAUUCAAGCUCGGCCCGUGGGUACAGGGCGUUGGGAAGUAG